AUGAAUAACUUUUUUAGAAAAAAGUUAUCAAGUAGUAGUAGUAGUAAUAUUAAAUCAAAGAAUAAAAAGAAUGAUAGAGGUGGUAGUAGUAGUGCUAGUGGUACCGGUAGUUUAACUGAAUUGACAUCAAAGAUUAAUAAUCUAUUUAUUGGAGAUGAACAAUUCACUAGUACAUUCUUUAGAGACAAGUUGGAUCAUGGUAAACCAUACUUUGUAUUUGGUGGAUUCAACUCGUUUGUAUCGUUUUGUACGUUUAACGGCGACUUGGAACUAUUCAAAUAUGUCUACACUACACACAAGGAAGAGUUUAAUGGUAUUGGGUGUAUGGACUUUUGUAGUGGUUCUCCAAACAUUGAAAUACUUAAAUACCUACAUGAACAAGGUGCUAGAUGCACUACAUUGGCUAUGGACAAUGCAUGUUCUCAUGGUAGAUUGGAAGCUGUAAAAUUCUUACAUUAUAAUCGUACAGAAGGUGGAACUCUCAGUUUAAACAAUGCUAUUCGUGAAGGGUUCUUGGAUAUCGUUCAAUUCUUACAUGUGGAGAAUAGGGCGUCCCUUGACCAAGCUGGAUCAUCUCAUUCUUCAUCAUCAUUGUCGUCAUCAUCUGAUGUCAAGACAUUGGAUCUUGUACUAUUCCGUGAUGCACUUGAAAUUGAACAUACCCUAUUCCCACAUGGAGAGAAUACAUCAAUCACAGCUGCCACUGCUCCAUUGGAUGGAGAGGAUUAUGAAGAUCCAAUAUACCUCGUUGACAAGGAACUAGAGAAACAAAGAUUAGAUAUGAUUGUCUAUCUUUUAGAACAUCGGUCAAAGGAGAAAUGGUCAACCAUUCUAAUGGACAAUGCCGCCAAAUGUGGGUAUCUAUCAAUAGUAAAAUACCUAACAAAAAAGAAGAUUGAAGGUAGUCCAUCUGCUAUCGACAAUGCUGCAACAUAUGGUCAUUUAUCUAUAGUUGAAUUUUUACAUCAAAAUUCUACUCAAGGUUGUACAAGAAAAGCAUUGGAUGGAGCAGCAAAAAAAGGACAAUUUAAAGUGAUUAAAUAUUUAAAUCAACAUUUAAGAAUGGAUUGUUCGGCAGAACAUGACAGUGCAAUUGGGUUUGCAGCUGGAUUGGGUAGAUUUGAUAUAGUCAAAUAUUUACAUGAAAACGGUCAUCAUUGUUGUAAUGGUGCGAUGGAGGCGGCCAUUAGAAUAGGUAGAGCCGAUAUUGUACAGUACUUGCUUGAAAAUCGUACAGAGAGAUGUGGACCAGAGGCACUUGAAAAUGUAACGACAACCGUCGAGGUAUUAAAGAUUCUCCGUGCGGCACCUGACCUCCCUCACUUGUUUACACGUGCAUGUUUGGACUCGUUGGCGGGCAUGGGUAACUUUGAAGCAGUCAAAUUCUUGCACGAGUCGAGAACCGAACCCAACUGCUGCACUGCCGCUGCUAUUGACGAGGCGUCAACAAACGGACAUCUUUCUGUCGUCACAUUCUUGCAUGAACAUGGAUAUGAAUGCACGGUUGCCGCGAUUGAAGGUGCUGCACGUGGUGGUCACAUUGAUUGUGUAAAAUACUUGCACCAAAAGAGAAGAGAGUGUUCUCCACAGAAUGCACCCAAUGCCAUACACAAUGCAUGCAAGGGAUGUGAAACGACGGCGGCCAACACUGCCGCUGGUGGCGCCAAUACCAAAGAGAUGCAACUUGCAAUCAUUAGGUACCUCGUCGAAAAUAAUUACUCGUCGUCGGCCAAUGCGAUGGACGAAGCUGCAAAGCAUGGCCAUGGAGACAUUGUCUUUUACCUAAAUGAAAACACAACGCAAGGAUGUACAACAGCUGCCAUGGAUGAUGCCAGUGGAAAUGGUCACAUUAAUAUUGUUCACUUUUUACAUUACAAUAGAACUGAAGGUUGUACUGUUGCUGCUAUGGAUACGGCAAGUUAUAAUGGUCAAAUGGAAAUUGUUAAGUUCUUACAUUUCAACCGGAAUGAGGGUUGUAGCAAGGCAGCUAUGGAUGGAGCUGUGUUUUCUGGAAAAUUAAAUAUUGUAGAAUUCUUAAAUGAUAAUCGUACGGAAGGAUGUUCGUCGUUGGCUUUUAUGUACUCAAAGAGUCGAAAAUUUAAACAUAUUUAUAAAUACUUGGAACAAAAUCAAUCACAUAAUGCAUCAACAGAAGCCACCCCUCCCACCACCAACAACAACAAUAUUCUUCAAGCCAACGAGUAA